CACACACACACACUCUCACUCACACUCCUACCUCCCUCCCUCCCUCUCUCAGUUUCAGUGACUGGUUAGAAAUGGCAGCUUCUGAGGACCCCUAAACGACUCUGGCAAAUUAAGGAGAAAUGCAUCCCUUGAAAUGGAUUAAUUGAUUAACGGGAAUGUCAACAGUCCAGUUGUGAGCUGUAAAGACAGACAGAAGAGGAACCAGUGGCGUAUAUCUUUUCAAACAGCAGCGUCUGUCUGUCUAUUUGUGUGAAAUAUAUUGGGGUAAGAGAGACGUCGAUUAGCAUUAGCGCUAUUAGCUCCGCUGCUGCUUUCGCCCGCCGCUGCCUCUCUCUCUCGCUCUCUCUCAGCCGAGCUUUCGCGCUCUUCCCGCCGCAUUCCCCCCCGCUCCGUCCGCUCUGCUCUCACGCGCUGCCGAGGCUCCUGCGGCUCCUACGCCUGCUUCUACCGCUGUGUGCUGCGGGUCAUGAAAAGCUGCUUUUGUCCGAAAAGGAAGGACGCAGUGCAUUUUACAAAUUCCUCCAUGAUGCCUGAGGUACGGGAGCUUUCUGACGCCCUGCCAGAGAUGCCCAUGGACCCAAUCACUGGCGUAGGUGUUGUGGCCUCGAGAAACAGAGCUCCCACUGGCUAUGAUGUGGUUGCACAGACCACAGAUGGGAUUGAUGCAGACUUGUGGAAAGACGGCCUGUUCAAAUCCAAGGUGACCCGCUAUCUGUGCUUCACCAGAGCAUUCUCCAAAGAGAACAGUCAUUUAGGAAAUGUUCUCGUAGACAUGAAGCUCAUCGACAUCAAAGACACGCUGCCUGUGGGAUUUAUUCCCAUUCAGGAAACUGUGGACACACAGGAGCCGGCGUUCAGGAAGAGGAGGUUAUGCAUUAAGUUCAUCCCGAGAGACUCCACAGAAGCUGCCAUCUGUGAUAUCCGUAUCUUAGGACGCUCUAAGCAGGCGCCGCCACAGUAUACGUUCAUAGGAGAGCUGAACAAUAUGGGGAUCUGGUACCGUAUGGGAAAGGUGCCACGGACCCAGGACUCUUCACCUAUACAAAACAACUCCACCACCAACACCACCAAUAACAUCCAGACUGUCACCAACAACUCCACUCCAGCGCCAGUCUUGCCCAAGCACAUAUCCAUGACCCUGCCGGCAUGUUUCAGAAAAAGCACAACCAGACCAGACUUUGAACACCAGAACUCCAACCUCUAUGCCAUCUCUGCUAUGGAUGGAGUGCCUUUCAUGAUUUCGGAGAAGUUUGCGUGUGCCUCCAGUGAUCUGCAGCAGGUGGAUCUAAUGGGCAUCAGAAUCAAAUCACUUGCAGAGAUUGAGAAAGAGUAUGAAUAUAGUUUCCGGACGGAGCACAGCGCUGCGGCCCGUCUGCCGCCCAGUCCCACCAGAACUUCUCUGGGCUCUGAGGCCUAAAGCGGACACGCUGGAGGAAAGAUGGAGAGGACUUCUGAAGGCCUGAUAUGAGCAGAGACUCACACCCCUCUCUGAGAAUAAAACAAACCCACGGAAACAAAGUUUGACGGAGGAAAAAAUCACUUUUUCCAUAUAAAAAAUUAACAAAUAUCAUUUCAUGUGGUCAAGUUCAGUCUCUCUUAAGUUGAUGCUGCUUUUUCACUACAGUGAUCAAAUCAAAACCACUACAGUGUCGGGUGGGAAUGGCCUGUGGAAACUCGUGUUCUUUUAGUAUUGCGUCUGAAGUCACGUUCAGACUUAUUCUGGCUGCUGGACUGAGAUGCUGUUACCGUGGUGACUUUAUGAAGGGUCGGACUUGGACGUACCCUUGAGAAUUCACAUUUGAGCCCCCAAGUCUGCGUUCAUGCAGCAUGGAUUUGGAAGAGUAUUUUAUUUUUUUGUAUUUUGCCUCUUUUUGUUCAUUGGCUUGCUGGGUUUUAUUUAGAUCGCAGCAACUGCAUGACUUGUUUUUUGUUUGUUUUUAAUCCGUUUGGAAAAGGAGCCGAGAUAACUGCACUGUUACAGGAUUUCAGUAUGCUUGUGUUUGUCUGGAAAAAGAGAUUUGAGAACAAGAACACUCCAACUCUGAGUGAGCCCUUGUACAUAGACAAGCGAUGAAUCAGGAAUGUGUCGUUUUAGAAUUGUGUGUUACUCGUUUUUUUUCCCUUUUUGUCUUUGUAACGUCCCUUCCUGAACUGAUCUAUCACUCCGCUCACCACUGAUCAACUUUUACUGGGAUUUGACUCUUUUUCAGUCUGUCAUGAUGUUCGACGGUGCUCACGCACUUGGGUAUUGUUUCUGCCAGUCCAUUUGUGGCUUCUGAAGUUUAUGGUGAUAUUUUUUGUGACUUUUUUUUUUAAUUUAAUAAACAAGUGAAUAUUUCUGCGAUUAUAUUUCACCCCAUGCAAGAUCCGAAGAAAAAAAAAAAGAAAUUAAAUUUUGCAUAAAGAAAAUGAAUCCUAUUUUUUGGGACAAUAAAGAUUUUUGAAAUGUGACAUUUUAACUUGUUUUCCACACAAACAAAUAAAUCAUUUUAAAUUCUUGAAUUAAAUUCUGUACAGUGAUGUAGGCUUACAAUUUUACUUUGUAAUUUAAAUUAUAUAUAGUUUUUUCAAUGUUUUUUUAAUGAGACUUUAGAGAAAUGUGCUUAAUUCUAAUGAAAAUAAUGUCACAAUGCAAAAAAAAGUGCAGCUCUCUUGCUGCUUUAUGCAAAAUACAAUUUCUAAUUUUUUUUCUUUUGAUUUUCAGGGUGACCUGAAGAUUUCUUGACAGUUUUCGUGAGAUUCACCUGAUUAUCCAGAACAAAUGUAGUUGUUAGCCGUUCAGUUUUAGUAAAUCAUUCAGCAGUGGCACGGUGACGUUCCGAGUCGACAUUGCUCACCGUACUCCUGCUGCUUUGUUUGAUAUGGUGACGAUUAUCGGUGAAAGUACAGUGUUAUUAUUUGCGGGCGUUUCUUCCGAACGCCCUGCUGAAACCGCCAUCUCAGGUGAAAGUGUUCAGCUUGGAAACACCACGUGUCUGAGUGAUUCAAGAAGCCAAUCCAUUCAGAUGGUUCGACACCUUCACUGUGAGACUUUAAUCAAACACUCAGAUGGGUUUUAGAUUUCUCACGUUGUGGGUAAUAUUGUUUAAGCAGCUAUAUUGUUACAUGUUCUAACCACUAUGUGACUUUUAUUAUGUCAGUUUUUUUUAAACUCUGAUUUCAAAUCUGAAAUUAACCACAAAUCUGACCUUCUCUUUUUAUUGUUUCAUGUCUGAGGAAGUUGAUAGCUUCAGACCUUCAAAACCGAUUUUUCAGGCAUUGGUCAAGCCUGUUUUUGGAUUGAAGAUGUCUAAUCUGUCUGGAAAACUCCCAUGUUUAUAUCUAAAUAAAAUAGGAACCUGAAAUUAUAGUUUAAGAUAUCUGAAUUACAUGAUUUUUCUGUCAAUUCAGUCAUUUGUUUAAAGGAUUAGUUCACUUCAGAAUGAAAAUUUCCUGAUAAUUUACUCACCCCCAUGUCAUCCAAGAUGUUUAUGUUUUUCUUUCUUCAGUUGAAAAGAAAUUAAGGUUUUUGAGGAAAACAUUCCAGGAUUUUUCUCCAUAUAGUGGACUUCACUGGGGUUCAGUGGCUUGAAGGUCCAAAUGUCAGUUUCAGUGCAGCUUCAAAGGGCUCUACAUGAUCCCAGAUGAGGAAUAAGGGUCUUAUCUAGCGAAACGAUCGGCCAUUUUCUAAAAAAAAUAAAAUAAAAAUGUAUAUACGUUUUUAAGCACAAAUGCUUGUCUUGCACUGCUCUGAGAUACGCCGCGCAUUACGUAAUGUUACAAAGGUCACACGUGACGUAGGCGAGAGUACCGAUCCAGUGUCUACAAAGCGAACGUGCAAAGACGAAGUCAAACACCCUUUACAAAAGAAGGUAAAACAACAAUGUCAGACGAUUUUGAAGAUGGAGGAGAAAAUGAGAUGGAGUUUUUCGCCCUACCGUGGUACUUCUGCCUACGUCGCGUGAUUUUUUUUUUUUUUUCCAACAUGAUUACGUAAUGCGUGGCGCAAGAUGAGCAAAAGUAUAUAAUUUUUAUUUAUUUUUGUAGAAAAUGGCUGAUCGUUUCACUAGAUAAGACCCUUAUUCCUCAUCUGGCAUCAUGUAGAGCUCUUUGAAGCUGCACUGAAACUGACAUUUGGACCUUCAUCCCGUUGAACCCCAGUGAAGUCCACUAUAUGGAGAAAAAUCCUGGAAUGUUUUCCUCAAAAACCUUCAUUUCUUUUUGACUGAAGAAAGAAAGACAUGAACAUCUUGGAUGACAUGGGGGUGAGUAAAUCAUCAGGAAAUUUUAGUUCUGAAGUGAACUAAUCCUUUAACAGAAAAGGCCCUAUAUGAAUGCAUGCAGCAUUAUCUUCUUUUUUUUUUCUUUUUUAACAUUAAAAUGAGGAUUUAAUUUGCUAUUUCAUAGUACUCUUUGAUCUAAUUAUUUAAUGAUUUUAUAUGAAGACUAAUUUAAAUGUUUAGGAAUGUAGCUAGUAUGUUGCCCCAAUAUUUUUUUUUAAUGUUUUGCUGGGAAUAGUUGAGUGUUUUUUCCAAGUUGGUCAUGCAAAACAAAUACAAUAAAAGAUGUUUAGUUACUGCACUGCAUAAAUAAACUCAUGUUUGCAAUUUUAUAAACCGUUAAAUGUGUAUCAUCAAGUUCAAGUCGUUGUUUUGCCUCUAGAUGAACCUGUUGUGUGUUUGUCAUUUACAUUGUCAACUGGUUUUAAUUUCAUUAUUGUAUAAAUGUGAAUGCCAGUGUUGACUGCUGGUUGAAUUUUGUUCUUUAUUAUUCUGUAUAAAUUCCAUAAACUCUU